UCAAGGCAGAAUCCUAGAGCUUCUCGGAUAUAUUUUGCGUGUGUUUUGCUGCUUUUGCUGGUAACACCACGAGUGGAUUCUUCAUGGUGGUACAUAGGUGCAUUGGGUGCCCGUGUCAUCUGUGACAACAUUCCAGCCUUAGUGAACAAGCAGCGGCAACUUUGCCAGCGCCACCCCGACAUCAUGCAGGCCAUCGGUGAGGGUACAAAGGAAUGGAUCAGAGAGUGCCAGCAUCAGUUCAGACACCAUCGCUGGAACUGCAGCACGCUAGAGCGCGAUCACUCUGUGUUUGGACGUGUCCUACUGAGAAGCAGCCGUGAAGCAGCUUUCGUCUACGCCAUCUCCUCCGCCGGAGUGGUGUAUGCACUUACACAUGCGUGCAGCCAAGGAGAACUCAAAAUGUGCAACUGUGAUCCACAUAAACGCGGUCGACACAAGGAUGAGAGAGGAGAAUUUGACUGGGGUGGGUGUAGUGAUAAUAUCAACUAUGGGAUCAGGUUUGCCAAAGCCUUCAUAGACGCCAAAGAGAGGACAGUCCGUGAUGCACGGGCGCUUAUGAACCUGCACAACAACCGCUGUGGCAGAACUGCCGUGAAGCGUUUUAUGAAGCUGGAGUGCAAAUGUCAUGGUGUGAGCGGCUCUUGCACACUGCGGACCUGCUGGAUGGCCAUGUCGGACUUCAGAAAAACCGGCGACUACCUGAGGCGGAAGUACAACGGAGCCAUCGAGGUGACGAUGAACCAAGACGGAACAGGCUUCACUGUUGCCAAUAAAGCCUUUCGGAAGGCCACCAAGAAUGACCUCGUCUACUUUGAAAACUCACCCAAUUAUUGUCUGCCGGACAAAUCAGCAGGUAUCAUCGGCACCGCCGGGAGGCUGUGCAACAAGACAUCGCACAGCCCAGAUGGAUGUGAGGUCAUGUGCUGUGGACGGGGCUAUGACACCACCAGAGUUCAGCAAUUGACCAAGUGUGAAUGCAAAUUCAAAUGGUGCUGCGCCGUGCAAUGCAAAGACUGCAUGGAAGCUGUGGAUGUGCACACAUGCAAAGCCCCUAAGCGAGCUGAAUGGUUGGACAAGACCUGA